AUGGGGCCCGUGUGCAAAGUCCUGGAAGAUUCCAUUGUUGAUGAGCAGGGGCAUUGUUCCAUCCUACGUCAUCUUGAAGAAGAUACAGGCCAAGGUCGCCACCUGGGCCACCACCAGAUAACAUGUUCUCUGGAGCAGCUUGGGAAAGGCAAGAGGACCACCAGCUUGAGAAGUAUGUGUGCUGGCAAUCGGUCAGCAGGUGAAAUCGUCUCAGGCGCGACUGAGGUUCAGGGUGCCAACAUUAGUCCACACCACAAUUGCGCCCACUUGUGGCAACAAGGUUGUGCGCACAUCCUACCCCAAUCCACAUGUGUUGAGAGUUGUCAACCUGGACACAGCAGGAUCUUGCAACAAGGGAAACAGAUUUGCUGUUAUGAUUGUCCUCAAUGUUCUGAAGGAAUGAUUUCAAACAAGACAGAUGCAGACCAUUGUAAGAAGUGCCCUGAGGAUCAGCAUCCAAACGAGAACCACGACCACUGCAUUCCUAAACAAAUUGUCUACCUAUCCUAUGGAGAGCCCUUGGGAAUAAUUCUGACUUCAUUUGCUCUUUUGCUUUCUCUGAUCACCCUUGGCAUCAUGUGGAUCUUUAUUCAAUAUCGGCAUACUCCCAUUGUUAAAGCCAACAACUGGAAUAUCACAUGCACCCUGCUCAUUUCUCUUUUGCUUUGUUUUCUGUGCACCUUCUUGUUCUUUCAGCAACCAAAGAAGGUGACCUGCCUUCUCCGCCAAUCUGUAUUUGGCAUUGUUUUCUCCCUGGCUGUUUCUUGCGUGUUGGCUAAAACCAUCACUGUGGUUCUGGCCUUCAUGGCCACCAAGCCAGGAAACAGGAUGAGGAAAUGGGUGGGGAAGAGGCUGGCAGUCUCAGCCAUCAUUCUCGGCUCCUUUAUUCAAACUGGCCUCUGUGCAGUGUGGCUGGCAACCUUUCCCCCCUUCCCAGAGUUUGACAUGCACUCCCAGAUUACUCAGAUCAUUGUGCAAUGUAAUGAAGGAUCAGCCCUCAUGUUUUAUACUGUCCUGAGCUACAUGGGUCUUCUGGCCACUAUCUGCUUCACUGUAGCCUUCUUUGCUAGGAAGUUGCCUGAUACUUUCAAUGAAGCCAAGCUCAUCACCUUCAGCAUGUUAGUAUUCUGCAGCGUUUGGAUCUCUUUUGUCCCCACCUACCUGAGCACCAAGGGGAAAUACAUGGUGGCUGUGGAGAUCUUCUCUAUCUUGACUUCUAGCGCUGGGUUGCUGGGUUGCAUCUUCCUCCCCAAAUUCUAUAUUAUUGUUCUGAGGCCUGAGCUGAACACCAGGGAUCAGCUCAUAAGGAAAAAGAAUGAUGACAACUGA